GGAGUCGAGAGUGCUGUUCAGUCUCUUUCGAAUAUUCAACACGACUGGUGGGUCGACUCCUCCGAUUCGAAAAUGUUUUCCCAACUCUUAUCUCUGAGGUUGGCUCUGGCAUUGAUCUUUUUGUUCGGUGGACAAUGGACGGCGGCCCGGCCUCAAAAUCCUUACUAUGUGGAAAACGGUGGACAAGGAUCCCAGCGUUAUCAUCAUCAUGGCCACCAUGGUCAUGGAUACGGACACGGACACGGUCCAGGACAUGGCUCACCCAACUUUGGUGGUCCUCUAUCGUAUAAUCCCUAUAAUGUACAAUCUGGUGGCCCAUUUCGAGGAGGACAUCAACCUGGUGGUCAUUUUGGAGGCCAGGACUUCCCCCAACCUGGUGGUGGAGAUUAUAACAGAGGACAAUCGGGAUUCCGCCAGCCGGGAGGGAAUUUCAACAGGGGUCAGCCCGGAUUUCCACAACCAGGAGGAGAUUAUAACAGGGGCCAGCCCGGUUUUCCACAAUUAGGAGGAGAUUUCAACAGGGGCCAGCCCGGUUUUCGACAACCAGGAGGAGAUUUUGACAGGGGACAACUUGGAUUUCAGCAACCUGGUGGAAAGGUGCCAGGUUCACAACAAUCAGAUAGCGAUGAGCAGUUACCCACUUAUUUCGGCGGAUUCCAGCAGCCAGGUAGCGGCGGGAAUACCCUACAGCCUCGACCUGGACAAAACUCUGGUGGAUUCCAACAGCCUGGCCGAAACCAAGGUGGUUUCCAACAGCCAAGGCAAGACCAAGGUGGAUUCCAACAGCCUGGCCUAAGCCAAGGAGGUUUCCAACAGCCGGGUCAAAAUACAGGUGGAUUCCAACAGCCAGGCCGAAACCAAGGUGGCUUCCAACAGCCAAGGCAAGACCAAGGUGGAUUCCAACAGCCUGGCCUAAGCCAAGGAGGUUUCCAACAGCCUGGUCAAAACCAAGGUGGUUUCCAGCAGCCAAGCAAAAAUCAGGGACAAAACCCAGGAACCCCUACAAAUACCAUCCAACCUCGCCCCAACAGUGAAGAUGAGGACUUCUACUCAGGGUUUAAUUUCCAGUCUCCCAAGACCUUGCAGCCAAGACCUGGUCAGGAUGCGGAGAUCGGAGGCACUGGUGCUCACAAUACCAUUCAACCGCUCCCUGGGCAGCAGCAAACCAUUUACCGCCAGGACUCAUCGCCCGACAAUGUGGGUCAAAACAUCAAUGACCUUUUCAACACCCAGGACUUUCUGUCGCCCGAUCUGAGCCAGACUUCGGCAGUCCACAGAGAUCCCAAGUCGGAGGCUGAGGAAGUGAAUCCCGAUUCGGUCAAUGAGCGCAAUCUGUUUGACACGGAUCCCAAGUGCUCGGAUGGCACAAAACUCAUGGCAGGUCGUUGCCGCAAGGAAGCCUAGGAAAUACCAGUAGAUAUUCCCAUCACAAAAUUAUUGUAUACAUUAAAAUGCCAUUGUGCCACAAUAAAUUCGCGAUUCUCUGUAAUCAAAACGA